GCACACACGCACACGUGUGUGUAGUAUAUAGUACGAGAGAACUUUUCCAAGUGGCAGCCGCCGCCGCCGCCGCCGCCAACCCAUCGCGAUCGCGACGUACUCAUCAUUCCAGUGCUCGCGCCAUGGAGAAACGGAUGUGCUGGCUGGCUCUCUGCUGGCUCCUCGGCGGCUGCCUGGACGGCAGCAAGCACGAGAAGGCCUCGCCGCCGCGGCCCGUGCAGCCCGGCUACUACCCCCCGCAACAGAAUCCCAACAGCAUCGAUCGCUUCGGGGCAGGCAUCAAGGAUCACAUCAACGUCGUCAAGGAUCACAUACACAGCAGCUUGUUCAGCUUAAACAAGCCCAACAAAUUCGGCAGUACGGCAAAUACGAUUCCGAUCGACGCGACGACCGGUAUCAAAGGAGAUGGUGGCGGUGGCGGAUUUCCUGCUUACACUCCGACUCCGAACAAGGAGGUCUACGUAACCAAGUUCGAUAAGAUCAACAUCGACGAGAUUCUUAGGAAUAAGAGGCUGCUGCUUUACUAUUUCAAUUGUCUGAUGAGCAAGGGACCCUGCCCCCCGGAUGGAAGAGAGCUAAAACGUGUUCUUCCCGAAGCCUUGGCAACCGGUUGCGCCAAAUGCACGAAGAAACAAAUCGAGGCAGCCGUCAAAGUCAUCAAAUAUUUUAGAGAAUUCGAGCCUGAGAGAUUCGAGCUUUUGGCCAGUGUGUACGAUCCACACGGCAUUUAUCGGAGAAAAUAUUUCGACAAUUCGCUCGACAACGAUGUGAUAACGAGCAACAGUUUGACUGGAGAGCGAAACCGGAGGAUGGCUGCGGUAGCGACGGCAGCGGGCCUCCACUCUGACAAUCAUCCAAGAAAACGAUUGAUUGGACAGUAGUAGCAGCUGAAGUCGUGCCCGAAAACUCGAUAUAAAAGUUUGAAGAACAGCUUUUUUUUCGUUUUUAUACAGUACACAUGACGAACGAAACGUGCGACUGUAUUUUUUAUAUAUUAUAUUUAUCACGCGAAUUCUGUACUUUAUCUGUUCCUAUGUGUAUCUAACGCUAAUUAUCUAAUUGAAAUUAGUUGCAGUUCUAUUUGUAUAUCGAAUUGAACUAUCUGCAACGAGUCUGAGUAAUUUAAAAAAAAAAUUUCCUAUACUAAUAACGUCUUCAUUGUUGUCUCUGUAAAAAAUAAGCUUGCUAUAGCUAUACAUAUAUCAUAGUAUUAUUAAGUAAUCGAUUAGAUUAUAUAUUCAUAAGUUUUGUACGUAGAAUUAAAGAGAAAAAAAUGAAACGUUUAAUAUUCGUAUAACAGCAA